AUGGCCCACAACUACGUUGUAACAGCACAUAAACCAACCGCCGUUAAUGCAGCUGUGGUAGGUAAUUUUACGGCUGCGGAUGACUUGAAUUUAAUCAUAGCCAAAAACACUCGUCUUGAAAUCCAUGUUGUCACCCCAGAGGGUCUGCGACCUCAUCUCGAUAUCGGGAUUUAUGGACGAAUUUCUGUUAUGGAGCUUUUUAGACCAGCGGUAAGUUUCACUGUUUUGCUUUAUUACGUCUGUGUUCUUAUGCCUGUUUGUUGGUUUUGAUUUGUCAGUUAGGUGGUUGACGCAUAUUAAUCAGUUGCUUAAUCCUUUCCACUCUGUUUUGCUAAAAACAAAACGAAAAACAAGGCAUGUGCUGAACACUUAAAUGCGAUGAAUCAUUUGCUACAGUCUAGUACUGUGUUUAAAAUCCACCCAAAUGCAGAAAUACUACAUCCUGCAUAUUAAUCAGUUGGUUGAUCCUUAGGAGAAAUAUUAGAAUAAUUAUAUAUAGAUUUUUAUGUAUUACUUUGUUUUUCUUGGUUUUAUUUUUGUUUAUUUGUGUGUGAGGGGUGUUAUUGUUUUUGGUGGGGUUGUGAGGGGGGGGGGGGGGGGGGGGGGGGGGGGGGGGGGGGGCGGGGGGGGGGGGGGGGGGGCGGGGGGGGGGGGGCGGCCUUGGCAUGUGCUGAACACUUAAAUAUGAUGAAUCAUUUGCUACAGUCUAGUACUGUGUUUAAAAUCCACCCAAAUGCAAAAAUACUGCAUCCUGCACAUUUGAAAAUACUGCAUUGCUGGAAUUCGCCAACAAAUGGGUGUUAAAUUGUCCAAAUCUCCACCAUGCAGUAGAACACCAGUAACUUCAACUUUCAUGAGAUAAAAUUAAUUCAAGGCAGUAAUGACUGGUAAGGAAUUUUGAGUAGGCAGUAUUUAGGCAAUGCUGUGCACCUUUGUGAAGUUCCGAAAAAAAAAAGCCAUUGUUCCUUUUGGAACUAGGAGUAAUCAGAGCUUAGAAGAGUGCGUUUGAUAUGUUUGUAAGAAGUACAGGUAGCAGUUGAGGAGAAAGGGUGAAUGGUUAUUGCAAUAGCUUAAGCCCGGUUUCCAAAUGAACGCUACGAUCGCUGUGAUCGCUGCAAUGGCUGAGAAAAAAAAAAUUCAGCGAUCAUAUGGAAACCACUCUCCAGCUAUCUCAGCGACAACGAUUGCUGAGAUAGAUUUUUUAAUAUCUCAGUGAUUGUUGUCGCUGAGAUAUAUAAAGCUAAGAUACCUUCAAAUGAACGUAUCCUUGUCUUUCCUGGCCGGUUUAAGUGGCAUUUUGUUGAGUUUUGCAAUUGUAGGUACUAUCUACUAAAGAAGAAUUAAAGGCUGGCUACAAAACAAACUGACCAUCUCUAAGCGCCUUCACACGAAGCGCUAUAAAUUCGAGAAUAAUCGACGAAUCCGCUCCAAAUUGCCAUCGGCUAAUCUGCAGGUAACGUGUGCUCCUUGCUUCUUGCUCGCUGGCUCCACAAAACCCAUCGCAACUGCACAAUAAUUGCUCGCUCAUCAACAACCACUGUUGACCUUUACGCUUCGAUAUGACCGCAAACUACCAGGUAUAAUACGCGAAGUGAAUAUUCAAGCUUAGCAACCACGUUCGCGCAAUAAAAGACAAGGAUACGUUCAGUUGAAGGUAUCUUAGCUUUGAAAACAAUAUAAAACUGAAAACCUGAUAAAAUCAAGUACCCUCAAAGCUGCUGAGUAGCGUAAUUAAACAGGUACACUUAUAAUUAUAUAACAUUCAGUGACACAUACUACGUCUGGGCUGCCUGUGGUUUCAUAUGAUCGCUAAGAUCGCUGCAAUCGCUGAAUUUUUUUUUUCUCAGCGAUCGCAGUGAUCACAGCAAUGGUAGCGAUCAUAUGGAAAGCUGGCUUUAAUUUGAUCAUGGCUUAUUAUAAACGUUAGGAUUGCUUACAGCGAAACCUCUAUUUAAACUGUGUAUCAUUAUGAAAAAGCCUUGAAGGCUGGUGAUAUCGUAUGGUCCGUCUCAAUAAGUGCAGUAGUUUGGUCAAGUGUGUUGAUUUCAGUGACUUGAGUGGAGUUACUGUGGGCUGUUUAUAAGUUUUUCUGAAUAACAUAGACCUAAAAUGUUCGUUUGUCCGGUGCCAAAAGUAUCACAAGUCAUGUUGAAACGGCGCCGCUGAGCUUCACAUCCCAGUAGAUUUACUUUGUGGCACAACGGCCGCCGAGUUACACAACUCUGUAGACUUACUUUGUGGCACAAUGGCUGCAGAGCUACACAACUUGGUAGAUUUAGUUUGUGGCACAAUGGCCGUCGAAAACUCUUGAAAGAUGAAUGUUUUGAAAGAUUCAGCAAACACAGAUCGAUAGUAGACCUUCAGCAAACUCUUGAAAUAUGUACGCUUUACAAAGAUUCAGCAAACCUUUAAAAGAUGAACGCUUUAUUAAGACAAUAAAAGACCUCAGCAAAGGCUUUAGGAUGCACGAAUCACCACGUGAGUUAGUUCAUUAAAGUGAGGCAAAACGUAAGCAAGCGCCUCAAAGCGAGGCAAAUGUGUGUUGACGACAACAAAUGCAAUCUCGAAAAAAACCUCCUUUAUUAAUUACACAGGGAACCCAAUAAUGCACAGAACACCCAACACAAAUUAGGGGUUGCGUUCUCGUACCUCAAACGCAAAUAUGAGCAUUCUUUGGAGGUUUCUACUUUUGGGAAUUUAGCAGCAAAAAAGUAAACAAUAACAGCUACAGCAGAGAUAGUGACACAGGGUAUUAUAAGUAUGUAUGUCAUAAUGCGGUAGAGGCAUUUGUCCACUUUUCCAGUGUCACAUUUUUUGACAAGCUUAUAUUUUUUGUGUUUGAGAGCUCAUUUUGGUAUUAAAAUGUAAUUAAGUAGUGGCCAGGGGAUAUCAUUAUUUUACUAGACCCUCACCAGCUGUUGGUGUUUUCCUGUUUGCAGAAUGAACCUCAAGAUCUGUUAUUUAUUCUGACAGCACGGUAUAGGGUGUUUAUACUUAGUUACAAGCCAGAAACUGGUGACAUUGUGACAAGGGCUUGUGGAGAUGUCCAGGUAUGUAUAUUGCAAAGGUCUAGCUGUUUGCUGAGGAAAGUUAGUACCUUUAUUUCUCAAUUUAUUGGUAUUGGUCCUCAGGGUUUGAGCCAGGCCGCGCCAUCGCGCCAAUCCCGCACUACAAUUGAAAUUGUCCCUUAAAGAAACGGCAAAGGGGACAAUUUGUCCCUUCAAAAUAUAGGGAAACAACUCGAAAGGAAGCACACACGAUCGAAGAGAUUUAAUUCAGUACAGAAAUUGUAAGCUAAAACCGAACGUGGAAAGUAUAUUUUAUCGCACGUUUAAAGUUCAUUCUAAAGUCACGUUUCAGUCACGCUCUACUGAACACGUACAUCUCAUGCUCAACCAAGCAUGGUAAACACAUCUGGUAAUCUUUAACACGUCACAUUGAAAACGUGUUCGAACAUUAGAAAGCUUUUUCGCUCCAAAUCGAAGCCAGAGUGAAUCAGAGAAAAUGAUACAGAAGAAGAACAGUGUAUUAAUCAGGAAGAAACAGAUGAGGAUCGAAGGAAACCAAAAAAAAUCACGAACUUUCCAGAAAAAUUGGUUGCGAGAUCACACAUAGUUGCCAUAUGAAAAGGUGGGGUACGUCUACCAGUAAUUUAUAAAGGAAUUGAAGUUUACAAGGGGAUGUGGGGACGAGAUUCUGCUGUGAAAUGUUUUGAAGUAUAAAACAUAGUCAUUGAUCCUCUGUUUAAAUAUGAUGAGAAAAAAAAAGUCUUGACACCUAUAACUUAACUUUUCUUGUUUGUAUCACUUUUUUUUGUAUUACAAGGAUCAGGUAAAAAAAAAAAAAUUUUGUUGGCUUGCCUGUAUGAAUGUAAAAAAAAAUGUUGAAUAAAAAUUAAUUUGUCUGUCCCCCUAAAAAUAAAAAUGUCCCCCAAAAUUUUAGCCAAGAGGACAAAUUGUCCCCCUGUGAUCAAAUCCUAGCUCAAACCCUGCGGUCCUGUAGUGUGUUAGGACACAAAGUCUGACACAAAGUCAAAGAUUGCCAACAUGCUUUUUACUCAGUCCUCUCAGCCUAGCUUGCAAUUACUAGUUGAACAUUUUACACCAGCACCUGGUACAUUACAGGUCUGCCCCAGGUAUCGAACCUUCAACCUCCUGCUCUGCUGUCAAAGUGUUCUACAACUGAGCUUAUCCUGCUGCAGUAAUAGUUGAGGGGCUAGCAUGUUUAAAUAGCAUCAUUAAUAUUUUAUCCAUUCAUAUAGAUGAGAAGUGAAACUAACCAGAUUUGCAAUUAAAGAUCAUCACACCCCCUAUUUUUUUUCAAAAGUCACAACAAAAUAGAAAAUAUUAAAAUUUCUACUAUUAAACUCAGCCCAUAAGCUUCGUUUUACUUGCAUGAACAAUAUGUUAGUUUUCUUGUUGCUUUACCUUUGUGAUUAUGGAAAUUGUCGUAAUUAUUUACUCACACAACAGUCUUGGUGCUCUUUUAUUUUAUCCAUCUGUAAACUCAUGCUAGUGAUGAUUACCAGUAUAUCCAUGGUGCUUAAUAUUUAAAAUCAUUUAUGUUAUACACCCUACAUUCUGUACUUUUCCAACUUGCACUGUAAUCAUGAUAAUUAUUAUUUACAGCAGUAUUUAUUGUUAAUUUAUAGUGUAGUAUUUCUUCUUGUAUUUCUUCUGUAUUUAAAUCAGGAUCGGAUCGGCAGACCAUCUGACACAGGGUUGAUAGGGAUCAUAGACCCACAGUGCCGUAUGAUUGGAUUGCGACUCUAUGAUGGACUCUUUAAAGUGAUUCCCUUGGAACUAGACUCCAACAAAGAACUCAAGGCUUUUAAUAUCAGGUAAGGCUAGCCUGCCAUUUUCUCACAGAAGUGCAUAAAGUUAAAAAAAAAAGGUUGUGGAAGUGCACUUAGCUUAGUCAGCUAGUUAUGGGCACUCCACUCAAAUAUUUAGAAAUUUAAAAUAAUCCAAAAUAAUAGACCAUAACAGGUUUAAAAACUCCAACUGGCAGAAGACAACCAGUUGGUUAUUUACAAGCAUAGCCAAGGAUUUGAACUGGGGAUGAUCGAGAACAAAUCCGUCAAGUGGCCAGAGUGGGUGACUCAAACUGGGGACUGCCAGAUUGUGAUUCCAACAUGCUGGCCACUCAUCCACGUUGCCCUCUCAUUGCAUUACAAUAACGUUAGUGUUCCAGUACAAUAUAUUCUCUUUUGCAUUUGAUUUAUAUUUAGACUCGAAGAGCUACAUGUGAUCGACAUUGCAUUUCUUCAUGGCUGUCAAGUCCCCACCAUUGUUUUUAUUUACCAGGUAUCUUUCCGAUGUUAACUCAUUUAGAAAAGCUGGCUUUUUGUUAUUAUUACAGUUUUUGUCUCAAAGUAUUCUGUAACUGUAACAAUGUGGUGCGAUUCAAUUUAUAUCAGGAUCCUCAUGGUCGCCAUGUCAAAACAUAUGAGAUAGUGCUGCGAGAUAAAGAGUUUAAUAAAGGUCCCUGGAAGCAGGACAAUGUAGAAGUGGAAGCAUCAAGAGUAAUCGCCGGUAAAAUAAUAUUCUGCUUUGGUGUCUUUGAUGUGUAGUAAUACUGUUUUUUGGAACAAUAGUGUUAUUGAGAUUAACAUUUGAAAGUCAGUUUUCUGGUGAGCACUUGAGAUGUUGCCUUAUUUGGAAGCUCUUUAUCUUUGAAAAAUGAGGUAACAAGGUUGCCUGCUUGGCAUUUUGGAAUAAAAUAUGUUAGUCUUGUGCGUUGGUCCAGAUCGUCUGUUAUACCCUGCCCGACAUUCUGUUAACAACUAUUGUUACUUUUUCUUGUAAUGUUUAAAUAAUGCCCGUCCGCUUUUGUAAUAAUCGCAUAAUCACUAAUCGACUUCAUCAAUCUUAUUGAAACAUUGUUCCAUUUUGUUUCCCCAUCUUUUAGCCCACUACAAUUUAUUAUACAUGUAUUUGGUUAUUUUUCUGUAUGCUUAAUGGAAGUCUCUAACAAAUCUCUAGUUCCAGAGCCACUCGGUGGAGCUCUCAUCAUUGGACAGGAGUCAAUAACAUACCACAAAGGAGCCAACUACCAUGCUAUCGCUCCUCCAGCUCUCAAGGUAAACUACUAUUGCAUCAAGUCAAGGCAUUUAAAGUUUGUCAUCAUUCUGUAGCUAGUUAAUAGCCAUUUGUGUAUUACUUUACCUGCAAUACUAGCUCAAUGUUCAGUAGCAAAAUGUUUUCUUGAACAUGAUAAAUUGUGUUGGCUACAGUUUAACCACAUUUCUUCAAGACUCCUCUCUUGGUUAAACUAUAUAAUAUAUUAUUACAUUUAGUAAUAUUGAAAAAAAUUACUUCCAUCUCUAUGUCCCUCCUAAGACCCCCUCACCCCCUAAAUAAAAUCUAUUCCACCCCACCCUCUUCCCCAAGGGCAAUAGUGAAAUAAAUUACUUCCAUCUCAAUUUUCCUCCCAAGACCCCCACACCCCCCCUAAAUAAAAUCUAUGCCACCCCACCCUCUUCCCCAAGGGCAAUAGUGAAAUGAAUUACUUCCAUCUCAAUGUGCCUCUCAAGACCCCCACACCCCUAAAUAAAAUCUGUUCCACCCCACCCUCUUUCCCAAGGGCACCCUCCAAAGGAAUAUCACUUGCACCUUUCAUCCCAUUAUCACCCUCUUGAACAAAACAUUAACUAAGAAUACUAUUUUUGCAGCAAAAUUGACUGAUAAUUAUUAGAACACUGCAUGAAUGAAAUUCUGUGGUGUUAAAAGGUUUUCCUAAGACAGUAAUACUGUUAGUUGCACAAUUUUUAGCGGUAUAUAACAAUGUUAAAGUAAAUACUGUAUUACUGUCGAAGGCUUUAAAAAGAAUCUAUAUUUUGAUCGAUGAAUGUUUUCAGUUUCUUUGGACAUUUAAUGAUAGCUUUUCCAAAAUAUUGCUUACUUUACAGCAAAGUACCAUCACUUGCUAUGGGAAAAUUGAUACUAAUGGCUCUCGUUAUCUCCUUGGGGAUAUGAAUGGCCGACUAUUCAUGCUGCUCCUCGAGAGACAAGAGCUGAUGGAUGGGAACAUUGAGGUCAAGGAUCUUAAACUGGAGCUUCUUGGAGAGGUACAUGUAGAAAGAACUUAGGCCAAAUAAUUAAUGCCUCAUGCAUCUCCACCAUUUGUUAAUAUGAUGAGCAAAUAAUCAAUACAUUCAUCGUGAUUGUUGGCUGGUGGAGAUCACAGAUGUACAAAGCUAUCAUCAUGUAAUAAUAAUAACCUAAUCAAGGUCAAUUGUUUGACUGGUCUUCUGAUGAAUAGAUAUGUAACGCAAACAACCUGUAUUGUUGUUCUCUCUUAACACUCUUUCGGUAAGAAACAAGACUGCUGAUGUUCUGGAUUAUGUUUCUGACUGAAGAGCUGAUCUGAUUACCUUUAUGGAAAAUUGGGCGGGGUGAGAAUGAUGCAGCAAUUACAGCGGAACUUUGUCCAGAUGGAUACCAGUUUAUGGAUCAAUGUAGAAAUGGACAUCGUGAAGGUGGAACAGGAAUAAUGUUUCGAGAUUCCUUCUGUGUAAAGAAAGCAGGAGGAGGCAAGCAUGAGUCUUUUGAAUUUUCGGAGUGGAUCAUUAUCAGACAAGUUUCGUGAAGUUAUUAUCUAUUACCCUCCUUAUUCAGAAGUUCAUUCUGUGACAUCUAAUACUUUCUGUACGGACGGAAAUUGUGAGGUAUAUGGGGUCCAUCCUUCUAAAGAGAAGCUCACAAUAAUAUGAGAGAUAUGAUAAGGUAUAACAUCCACCAUUGUUGUCAGAUAAACCCAUUGCACCUUUUUGGGCGUCACUAGUAUCAUCGGCAUUAAAGCGUUAUCGCUGUUACAGAAUGAAACUGGAUCCCUGAACAUGUACAUACUAAUAAUGCUCAAAGUGUGCUAAGUCAGCGUUAACUUGUGUACAUAGUUUCCAAUAACUUUGUACUUCAUUGUUUGUUUAAAUUAUUUGCUUGUUAUUUUUUGACUGUAGACUUCAAUAGCCCACUGCCUUACAUACUUGGACAAUGGCGUGGUUUUCAUUGGAUCAGCACUGGGAGACUCACAACUUGUGAAGGUACCAAGCACCAGUGUUUUGUCUAAUCACCACCAAGUACACUUAAUUGUCUGAUGGCAACUGAAAAAAAUCACCAAAAAUAAGCCUCAAGACAGUGGUACACAAGAGUAGAUGCUAUGACUGUCAGGCCACUCACAUUUACAUUGUAGAUAUAGAUAAAUAACAACAACAAUCUUUAUGUGACGAAAAUUAGAGUACUUGCUGCCUGGAAUAACCAUAGGGGCUAGCAGAACCAGGCAGCCAGUUGACAUCAGCAUUAAAUAGAAAUAAAUUAAAGGUCAGCAAGAAAACUGAAGCACUAUAAAUUUAAUGAAACUCAAAAACUACCGGCAUCUUUCUUUCUGAACAAUUGCUUGACAAUUACAGAAUUUCACAAUUAAAGUGUGACUACUCAAACCAGGGCACUUGGAAGAAGAUUAUCCGAUCACAACGUUUUUUGAAAAUAAAAGAUUCUCAAUUUUUAUUGCAAGAGGACCAACAAAAUUCAGGGUUCAACUAUGCAACCGCCAAAAAACCGUUGAACGUGUCUGACCUCUCAGGAAAUGGCCCUUAAAUUUAUGAAUGUUAUUGGUCUCUUGGCAAUUGAAAAACUUUAGAAUCUUGUGUUUUUAAAAAGCGGUGUGAUAAUCUCUCUCAUAAUCUCAUUCCAAGUACCCCGGUUCAAGUAGUCGCACUGUAAGUGCCUAUACAGAGUGAAUCUGUCCAAUCACUUUGCUUCAUAUUCUUGGCUAGGAAUCUGCUGAUUGCAUGAGAUACUGUUAAAACUAAGUGUCUAGUACAGGUGAAUGUCUCACAGAGUAUUAUUUUGUAUUUUUGCAGCUCAACACUGAGACAAAUGAAAAUGGCUCCCACGUGCAUGUUAUGGAAACUUUCACCAACCUUGGACCCAUUGUAGACAUGGUGGUGGUUGAUUUGGAGAGACAGGGUCAAGGACAGGUAACUAACAUCCACCUUUGAUUUUAACGUAAUCAUUCAUUUUUUCAUUUGCUUUCUCUCUGAUCUAAUACCUUUUAGAAAGUUAUAUGACAUGGUAAAUACAGUCCCUGCUUUUCCUGUAAGUGAAGUUUAACUUCUGGUCAGGUCGCCUGCAGAAAACAUGGGGUCCAGGGGAGGGGACUUUUUCUUGCAUGUCCUUUGAAAUUGUAUUAUUACUGGUAUACUGCAUGUAACAAGAAUUAUCAUUCAAAGCAAAUUUUUCUUUCUUUUUAUUGGCCAAGAGCCCACCAUGUGACCUGCAAAUUUAAUAACCGCCUACAAAUAAUGGUCUGCUCGUGCGCAAUGCCAUCCAACUGUGUUUGGCUGCAAAUAAUAUUCUGCACAUGCGUAAAGGAAUGUGUGCUUUUCUCCUUCUUGUGAUCGCUCUUGUGUGAAAAUGGUAGAUCGCUUCGCUUCUCAAGGAUAUUCAUUAAAAAAAGAAACUUGAUGAUCGAAUGAUAAAACAAUUAUUGAACUCGGUUAUCGCAAAAUAUUGUGAUUUGUCAGUGUCUCACAGAUUAAUUAUUUGCCUUAGCCUUCGGCAUUUGGCAAAUAAUUGAUCUGCUCACCACAGACAAAUCACGAUAUUUUGCUCAACCUCAUCCAAUAAUUGUUAAUUAUCCCCACAAGUAUGUUACCAGGGCUCAAAAAUAAGGGCUGGUCAAUAGACAGUGUCUGGUCAAGAUUAUAAGUGUGAUCAAACAAUUAUUCACUUAUGAAGUCAAGAAGUACUUUCUGUUAAAGAAUAAGUGUAACCAGAAAACUGCAAAGUUUGCAAGUCAGGGAUUCUAUGCUUAACGUACUGGCAUCUAGAUCAAACCCUGCAUUUUGCUGGUGUAGAGGUCAUUGGGUUAAGGUUUCAACUAGGAUGUAUCCUUCUACACAAGAACAAAGAGAGGUUAUUGAACAUGUUAGGUAUUGUGUGCCUUAGUUAAUUUUUGUUUGUUUUCAAAUAGUUGGUUACAUGUUCGGGUGCUCUCAAGGAAGGCUCAUUGCGAAUUAUAAGAAAUGGCAUUGGCAUUCAUGAGCAUGCUACAAUAUCAGACCUGGUGGGAAUUAUGGGUAGGUCAAUUUCUCAUGCCAUUUCCUAAACAAAGUGGUCCCAUUAAAUUUGUUUUGUACUAUAAUUAUUGGUUGUGCUCACAUUUAAUACAGCCCUAUUAAACUAUAGUCUCUCUUUUUUCAAAUAAUAUCUUCCAUAAUUUUAUAGAGCUGGCCCCGGUUGUUCAAACGUUGGAUAGCGCUAUCCAGCUUUUGAACAACCUGGGCCUGAUGUAUUUCAUUAUGUGGCAAGCGACAUGUAGGAAGAGGAUGUAACUACCUUAUAUUGUCGGGGGGUGUGGAGUCAGGAAGUUCAAAACAGUUUUUGAUGCUCUGCUCUCCCUCCCCCAGGAAAUUUCUUACCUUCCAGGGUAACCAUGAUAUUCUCUCCCAGUGAGAUUUCUUAGCACACAAUUGGCACAAGAAGUCAAAUCUCUAAUUAAAAUGUGGUCGAAAAAUGAUCUUUUUGUUCAGUCUACUAUAUAAAAUGUUCCUGCUUUUUUUACUUCAUAUUUUUUGUUUUUGCUUGAUAAUGGACAUCAAUAAGCAAAUGCUUGUGGUGAUGCAGUACCUCUUAAUAAUGAAAUAAAUAAUUUAUCAAUAGUGUUUCCAGCAAUGACAGUAAAAAUUUUAUUUGUGUACAUUGGAGUUUUAAAUGAGAUUUACCUUUAUUAAUCAGGCAUCUGGCCUUUGCGAUUGAAAAAGACUGCAAAGAACUUUGAUGAUGCCUUGCUUCUUUCAUUUGUUGGACAGAGUAGGUAAGUUUUUAUGGGGUUACUUUCAAAUAUGCUGUCCACAGAGAUUUUUUCUAACAGUCUAAAAAUGGCCCUAGUUCUUAUCUUCAUUUAUGUCUAGAUAAUCUGUCAAUGGAAAAUGAAAGGUCUGGGAACAGACCAAUUUCUAAAGAAACUGGUGUUGCAUUGUUGGAAGAGUGAAACACAAAAAGUUGGUUUUUAUCAACUGAUUUGAUAAUGUAAAUUUGUCAGCAUGAAGAGAUUUCAAGCACUAGUCCUUUGUCAUCCUUGAUUCACACAGGCCAGCACUUAAAAUGUCAGCUUUGAAACCUGUUUAUGGUUGCAGAUUUAAAUUCUAACUUGUGAAUAAACUCAGUUGACAAGACCUAGUAAGUGUUUGUCUGAGAGAUGGACUGAGUUCCCUGGCAUGGCUUCUGUUAGACUUCACUGCACAAUAUUUUUCUUGAAUUUGCUUUCAUUUGGAAUGCGGAACAAAAUUGUUGAUGAAUUUUUAUAAAAUGAUUGUUUUUUUCUGUCUGUCAAAAGAAAUUGUAGUUACAGAUUGAUACUUGUGUGUCUAUUGCCUACUUUUUUAGGUAAGAGAGAAGAGAGUUACAUGAUCCUAAGUGGUCCACUUCACUUGCAGUUGUUGGUUGCCUAAACAUCUCAAAAUCAAACUUAAUUUCUCGGACUUAAGUACAGAUAUUUUUCUUGUAGCAAACAAAUUUCAGAAACAGAAGUUAAAUGAUUUAAAAUUACAUUGACUUGAUAUUAUAACUAUUUCUCUUAUUAGUUUGGUUUGCCUAUAAUAUUUCUACAUUUAUUUAUUGUUUUUAUAUUGAUUGUUUUGUUAACCUGUUAUUCUGAUUUUGAUUUUCUUAGAAUUUUAGCUCUUACUGGAGAGGAAGUAGAAGAGACGGAAAUUCCUGGGUUUGAUGACAACCAACAGACCUACUUUUGUGGAAAUGUCACUGGUGAUCAAAUCAUUCAGGUACAUUUUAUUUUAGGUUCUUUCAGACAACAUUCACUGCUGUAGGAGGCAACACAGGCAACCUAAACUCAUAUUUAUAAGGAAAAGGUGGAUGUAAUGUAUAGAAGUUUGUUUUCACCAUUAUGCUGAGGUUUGUGACAAUUUUUGAAGGGAGUGGCAUUGUAUAGGAGAUUAGGUGCUCUUUAAAACUUAACAUAAAAUUAUUUUGUUGAAUUGCUCUUAACUGGGUCAGGGUAUGUUUUUGCAUAAUAUCUUUUAAUAUCCCUGAAAGUGUUUUUUUUUUUUGAUAAGGUCUGCUUUUAACAUUUAGGUGAUUUUGUCACCUAAAUGUUUUGUAGCACUGGGGUAUUUAAGGGCAUUUUUGAUUUACAAGAUGGUUAUAGUCUGUGUUGAUGUUUUUGAUGCAGGUUACCACAUCAUCAGUGCGUCUUGUAAGCUGUGAAACAGGGCAGCUUGUUUGGUGAGUUGAUUCUCUUUUUUUUUUCAAAACUCUUUCAAUGCAUGCCUGUUUUCAUACUUACUUUUUAAUAAAAAAAACGUAAACAAGUUUUUGAUGCCUGCCAUAUCUUAAUUUUGUUUCAGUUCCACAGAAAGAAAGCCUAUGAUAAACGUUGUAUUAGCCUUGCCGUCAUGUUACUUUAUGAAUGAAAGAUUUAUUUGCUAAAUAAUAUGAUGUGACAUGACUUGCUUAAAUGUACAGGUAGACUGAGUCUAGCAUUCAUCAAGAAUUUAAGCUUACUUUCAUGCAAAGUGUGAAAUAGCUAAAGGGGCAAAUAAUCUCUCCUUUGUAGAUUAAUGGAUGUUAUUAUGGUAAUGUUUGGUUUCAUUGUCAGAUGAAGUAAGUUUUGAGAUUCUUUCCUUCUCCUUCAUUCCACAGUGAAUGGCGGCAUCCUUCGCAUAAAAAUAUCAGUGUAUGUGCAUGCAACUCAGAGCAGCUUGUGGUGGCUGUUGGCUGUGAUUUGUUCUACAUGGAAUUAACUGUUGGGCAAAUUAAUCUUACCAGGUGAUUGGCCAGUCAAUUAACUCACAUAAUUACUUGAGUUGAUUCAGUGUGCAUUUCCAUUCAUUUCCUUUGUAGAAUCUGAAUCUUUUAGUUCAUCAGUUCAUGCUUUAAAGAAGCUGUGUCAGGAAAUUUACCAAAUUUCAAACCGUGGGAACUGUCACCAAUUUGAAUGAAACUUUAACCCUUUAAGCCCCAUUAUCCACAUACAAAUUCUCCAAACUGAUCUCCAUACAUUUCCUUCUUGAAUGAGUUGAGAGAAUUUGAUAAAAGAUCAGGGCAUUUUCCCUUAGGUGAUCAUUUUGUUAAUUCUCAUAACCUGAUCUCUUGACAUUGUAUGGAUAUCGUUAUAAGAGAAAAUUGACAUUAGUCACUAUUGGGACUUAAAGGGUUAAAAUAACUGCUCAAAAGGUUACAAAAAGGUAUAAAUAACAUCGCAAAUGAAAAAUUAGGCUUGGAUGGACAAACGUCAAGAGGAUUGAAACGGAUUGCAGUUGUGGUUUUUGAGAAGUUGUUAGCCUUAAAGUUUUUCAAAGUUCAUUUUUGUUAUUUCUAAUGGUUAAUAUAAUGCUUGGCAGACAUUCUGUUUGUUUGACAUGAAGCUGUGAUUUUGUCAUUCACAAGUAAUUUCUCAAGUUCCACAGCAAAACAAUGCGUGAUUGGGAUUAUAAACAAAAUGAAUUAAACAGCCGUGACACAACCCCUUUAAGUCCCAAGAGUGACUAACAUGAAUUUUCUCCUCACAAUAUUCAUACAUCAGUCGGAGAAAAUGUCAUGAGAAAUUGAUAAAAUGAUGACCAAAGGAAAAUUACUUUGAUCUUUGAACAAAUUCUUUCAACCAAUUCCUUAUGGCAAGGUACAAAUGUAUGUACAAUGUACUUCAGUCUUACGUGGAGAAUUUGUAUGUGGAUAUAUAUUGGGGCUAAGAGGGUUAGAAGGUAAGUUAUCUUUGUGGUUAGGAGAACAAAGUUUUUUUUUUCAUGGUUUUGGUUAGUUUGUGAACAGGCUCCUCGGGGAGUUGGGAGGUGGGAGGUGGGGUGAGGGAUUUGGAAGCUCUCCCUCUUAACUUUACCUUCCCUGUCUGCUCGCACUUUCUAACGCCCUUUCUCUUCAUCUUUUACCCCAUAAUAGAGCCUGUUCAGUUCACAGCUAUGUUUUGUAAAGUGUUUUUCUCUUUAAACUGCUUGUAUUUACAUCUUGUCGUACUGUUAAUUUCCAGCCAAACCACGAUGGAACAUGAAGUUGCUUGUCUGGAUAUCACUCCAACUUGUAAGAAUCUAAUUACUACAUUUGAUAUUUGCUGGCCUACAGCUAUUUAUUCUGUCUCCUACAAUGGUUUCAAUAGAAAUUGACGUAGCCAGCUGGUUUGAAUAGAGUAUUCCACUGUGUCAACAAGGGGCCGGUGGCCCCCUUAUCUAGGGGUGUCUGGGAGCGUGUUCCCUUGAGAAUUGUUAAUAUUUCAAAGCCCUUCUUUGUCUCUCACGUAGCAUUAUAUGUUUUUCUCCUAUGGUUGUUUACACAACAAGGAAAGUAUUUUCUGGAAGUUUGAUUUUGGAUAAUCUCUUCUCGUUUUGUAUCAGUUGAGUCAAACACUAGAGCUGACUUGGUAGCCGUGGGUUUGUGGACUGACAUUUCAGUUAGAGUGCUCAAGUUACCUGGUUGUGAGCAACUGUUUGUUGAGAUGCUUGGUGGAGGUGAGUCUUAUGGUUAGGUACGUGACUGCAAGGGAACUUUACCCUUUAACUGCUCACAGGCAUCCCAAGCUGAUGUUACAAAUGUGCCAUGUAACUUUACUGUCUCACAAGAGCGUUAGUGUCGCGUUACAAGCGACCGUUGAGACUUUGUUUGAGAAAUAAAAUACUGAGGUCUGCGAACGCUAAAUAUCAUUAAUGUCACUAUUCCGCUUAAGAUACGCAUGAAAAAGUAACACAACUAAAUAGCGCACACAGGCAAAUAAGACAGUUACUACAAGAUGGCGUAAUAAGGGGGGGACACAGCCCUGUGGCAAGUUCUAGCGACUUCAGGUUAUGCGCAGAGCAAAAACACAAGCCUCACUUAUCGCCCCACUACCCUGGGGUAGGACAAGAGUAUUGGCAGAGCCUUUCUUAUCUCCCCAGCGCCGCACGGGCUGGAUCGGACAAGAUUAAGGCAAAUGAAUAAGAUGGCAAGACACAAGCCAUGCCAAAAGCUUGGGGGAAGUCGCAACGCAGACUUAACAGCACCACAAGGAGUGACCCCGCAAACUUUAUUGAUACCUAACACAACAAAACUGCUCCAUAAAAAAGGAGACUUACCUUUGAUGUAUUCCUGUGUUUUUUGGUGUGAAUUCAUUGAUUUAGUCGGGUCUUUUGGCUGUUAUUUUGUGACCUCUGUCACUCCCUUCAUAAUACGAAUACAUCAAAGGUAAGUCUCCUUUAUAUAUUAUUUGCUCACCAAAAAUUCUGUUGCUUGUGUUCCUUUUCGCUUUUAUUUUAUUUACUGCCGCUCAUUUUCACCUUGCUGGCCGCUAGCAUUUCUCAUUUUCUCACCGCGGCUAUGAAAUUCUUUUAUUUUUCUUCUAACGAAAUUUGUCUCCUUUGUUUUUAAUCACUCUCUUUAGCUCUUUCUCUGUUAUUCACCUGAGUGUAGACAUCAAAAAUGACAUCGAAAAAGAAGUGACUUUGUUCUUGUUUUUUCUCUCUUAAAGUCCAGGUGGCCAUGCGAUUUCCCUCCAAAAACACCUCGAGUUGACUGUGGUGUCGUAGCUGUUAAUUGAGUUAUUUUACAUUGGUAUACCAGACGGACGGACGGUCGGACGGCGUACGGUCACAUGAUUACCAAAAUUUCUCGGAUAGAUGGAUUAUCAAAUUUUCUUAGCUAUUAAAUGUCUGCAACAUGCCAGAGAAAAUUUACCCUGAGUCGGGAAAGAGGAAGUGACGAGGUUCCUUCCUCUCCCCGACUUAUCUAGGAAGAUCGAAGGAGGCUCUGUUCGCAGGGUAGAGAAAGUUAUACCCGUUACAAUUUAUCUUAUCACUGCAGUUUAUCUACUUUAAUUUUCUCCUGUGCAAACAUUUACUUGAUAGGAUAUUGAAAAUGCACCUCUAUUUCUUUUCACAGAAAUAAUUCCUCGUUCUAUUCUGAAGACAUCUUUUGAAGGAAUUCAUUACCUGCUUUGUGCUUUGGGAGAUGGAACUCUGUUUUAUUUCACCAUGGACCCUAGCAAUGGUACAUUUGAAUACCUUUGACGCCCAUACGUCUCGGCAAGAUAACAGCUAAGAAUGUCUAAGAAGUUAUGAAAUACACCAUGACAUCCCGAAAGUAUAUAAUUUUAAUUAUAACAGCGUAAUUUGGCUUUCUGUACACUGAACAUUGGACAUGUUAGCCACAUGUCAGGAGUAACUGACAUUCAAAGAGAGUAAAGGGAAUGGUUAAUUCUUUUUACUGAGAAAGCUGUGGGACAGUUAAUAUUAGUCCCACGCAGCCGAGGAGACUUGCCUGACGAAACAAAAACGGUUGCGAGCAAGAAACUUUUAAAGCUUACUUGCCCAAUGGGCAAGGGUCCCAGCAAGUCAUUCUCUAAACAAAUCAUUAACUAAAACAUAGUCUACUAACUAUGAUUAAAACGAGCAAGAAGUGGCCCUGGGAAAGCAAAAUGCGAGAGCUGCUUGCCCAAAGAAAUAGCUGGAAUUCAAGUUGUUUUCGAACCCCUGUAUUCAUUGAUUAAAAAAAGUAGUUUCUCUCAACCGUUCAACGGUCAUGUUUAUUUUUGACGUUAACUCUAGGAUCCCUCACUGAGAGAAAGAAGGUGACACUUGGAACUCAACCCACCAUGCUGAGAACAUUCAAGUCUCUCUCAACAACAAAUGUGUUCGCUUGUUCUGAUCGACCUACUGUCAUAUAUUCCAGUAAUCACAAAUUGGUGUUUUCUAACGUUAACCUCAAGGUAUGUAUUAGGAGCUUGUCCUAUCAGUCUUUAGGAAGGGCUUCUGGCGGCCCGAACCUAUUGCUUAGGGUGUUGGUUAUCUUUUUGAAUGGUGCUUUUCAGCUGGAAAGAUUUAACCGAUGUCUAUGAUUUUUGGCUGCCCUAUUAAGAAAUAGUGGAAGUGUAAGAAAAUGUUAUUGAUUAUCUUGUAGUAAAACGUUUGAAAUAUCGGCAUGUAUCGACGAAGAAGCUAUUGUUAUUAUAUGACAACGCCAUCGUUACACGGUACGCCAGUAAACAACGUCAACUUCCGUGACGUUAACCCUGUUACGACACUUGAUUUUUUCUCACUCUCUCAAUCGAAUACGAUGUUUAUUUUUGCAGGAAGUGAACUACAUGUGCCCGCUAAACUCUGAAGGAUUCCCAGACAGGUAAAUCUGAUCCUUGAUCGGCAAAUAACAAUAGCAUUGAGAAAGAUAUUUAUUGAGUCAGUGACAGAGGUGGCUUGGAUAAAAAGAACCGCCCAGUACCCUCAAUAGUAAUCGAACCUGUGACUUUCCGUAACUAGUCCAGAUGCUCUACAUGACUAAGCUAUGAGAGACCCAUGGGAGCUAAGGGCACUAAAUUGGUUUUGGUGACAAAGGUCCUGCAUACUGCUAGGGCUGAAAUGUCGUUAUGUGCUUAUGCGCAAUGAUAGAAGAAAAUUCACCAACAAAAAUUCAGCAACAGCAUCCCUUUUACGUUCAGUGUUCGUGACCGCACAACGUGAGAAUUAAGCUCGAUGUUUUGAAUCGGUUUGCCAAACUGUUAACAUUUCCGCUCAAAACUGUGAAAUGCUCAAGUUCUGCAGGUUUUUUAAUUUCAUUAUGAAACGACUGGCAAAAUUUAAGCUGGAAACUUUAAAUGCCUGUCUCAGAGCAACACGAUAACCUCUACAAUAAUAACUGCACCCAUGAUCAUUUCGUGUCAAAACAGCAUCCAAUACAGGUGUUACUAGUUGUUUUAAAUUGAUCGGUACUGAAAUGGAGCCCAUUCUCUUGACAUCCCAACCGCCAUGUUGUGCCCCAAACGAGUCCUGUAGGAGUCGAAGUCUUUUCCCUGCUAAAUGCCUUUUACUUUGUUGCAAUAAUUUUGCAAAGAUCUGGAGCUGCUUUGCUCCAUUUUUAGGUGUUUAUAAAACAAAGGCGGUUGUGAAACAGGAAUGGUUGGGAUGAUUUAAUUGACGAUUUCUGUUCUUUGCGUUUCAGUUUGGCUGUAGCGAGUGAAGGAGCAUUGACCAUCGGAACAAUUGACGAAAUUCAGAAGCUUCACAUCCGAACUGUUCCUCUGGGAGAGAGUCCGCGGUAUUGGAUUACAUGAAGUUAUUUACUGCGCUUUUGUUUGAUUUUGUUCACCAGUUUCACAUUGACCAUAAUAGACCUUGUUUAGUCCCCCAAAGUUUGCAUAACCUUUGUCUCCGAUUUCUCUUGGGACGACUGUUAUACCUAUAGAAACUGAAAACAAUGGUUAUGCAUUUUUUUUAUCUGGAGUGGCGGGGAGAGGGGAGGGGGGGGGUAAGCAAGGUGCAUUAUGGUCAAUGUGAAGAUGGUGAAUUCGAAAUGAAAAUACAAAUGAAGUGGCUUGAUUAUUACGGCAACUGAACUGAAUGAAGGAAAAUGGAGGGGAUUUGUAACGAUCUUUCUGGACAUUGAUAUUCCGAAAUUCCAUAAAUCAAACGCAAGGUUUCCAUUUAUUCAGUGGAAUCUGUCGCUUUUGAGGUUAAAAGUAAAUAAGCAGAACGACAGAGAGAAGAGAAGCUUUUUCGUUUGUUUAUUUUUUUUUCUGUUCAUUUGUCUCUGCUUUUCUUGUCGUUUAUUUGGGAUCUUUGUUUGUUUCUGUCUUCUUUCACUGUUCUCAUGAUUUUCAGUUACUUGUCACAAUAAUUUAACUGUCGACCAAACGAAACAACCCCCUCCCCAACCAGAAAACGUAUCUCGUAUUAUUUAGCCUGCGCUACAAACGCAAUUUUAACGGCAACUUACUAUGAUAAAUUUCGCCUGGGUCGCAGACUAGUCAGGUUAGUCUUGUUAAGUUGUGGUCAAAGAAGUCCCAGGUUAAUUACCGCACGUAUCGUAUCUAACAUUGGUGGUAUUUUGUCGCUUGUCAGGCGUAUUGCCUACCAGGAAUCCACGCAAACAUUUGGCGUGAUCUCCAUGCGUAUUGAGGUUCUGGAUCCUACAUCAAAUUCGACCCGACCCCUCCACCCCAGCGCAAGCACUAUGGCUCAGAACAUAACUACCAGUGUGUCAACCGGCAUGCCAGGCACAUCCACCGGCAGCUCCAACAGAGCUGCUGCUGCUGCUGACGGCAUUACUUUUGGCGAUGAGGUGGAAAGAAGUAGUGUCUUGAUUAUUGAUCAACACACCUUUGAAGGUAUGUGUUAGUAACCGUGCACCUUGCCUUGCUUAGUUCACAGGUGUCUAAAUUAUCGUCGCUGUCAAUUUUGGAUGCUUCACUAAAUAGAACAGUCUUGACCAAGUCGACCUCUUCAUCAGUAGUAGGAUCUAAAAUUUUUGUCAGUAACCAUAUAGGAAGCGAAGCGAGCUUUAAUGAGAUUUCGAAGCGACCCAAGCGGCUGGCGCGGUGGCGAGAUUUCGCCUUGCCCCUCUUGAAGGAAUUUGAAUCUAGUUUCCCGCCAGAAUCAUAGUUAAGGGACAGUAUGUUAUCGAUCGCUUGGCAGAUAUUUCAAAGGUCCAAAAGCUUAUGUGACAGUAACAACGAGCAUAGCAGUAUUAGUCUUGAUUGACGUCUUGUUCGUCGCUGAUUCUCAUUGGCUUGCGCUAUAAUUUAUGCAGCGACCCGUUUUUGGGUCGCUAAAAUCGGCGUGCGGUAAGCGCAAAAAGUCCUACGUAGGGUGUGACAAUUCCUUAUACGGGCAAUUGAGCUGUAGUGGUGCUAUUUAAAUGAAACCUCUUCAACAGUAUGUUGUCGUGGUAAUAUUUGGUAAUACUAUUUUGUUUAUUACAAUUUUGCCAAUUUAAAUUUAGUUUUUUUCCCCGGGAAUUUUUUGAAAGUGUUAACGCAUCAUUUUCUUGUUACAGUGACGCAUGCGCAUGAUCUUCAAGACCACGAGUGUGCCACCAGUCUGAUUUCGUGUACGUUAUCAGGUGAUCCUAACAGCUCAUUCAGUAGCAAUGGAACCUCCAACACAUUCUACUGUGUCGGUACAGCUUACGUCUUCCCUGAGGAGCCGGAACCCAAAACAGGACGACUUAUCUUAUUCCAGCUACUAGAAGGUAGAAAAAAGACACAAUUUACGAUAGAGUAACUUUAGAUUCGAGGACAAGAACGACUAUCAGUUCAGUUUGAAAUUUGAUUAAAAGUUUUUCCGCGUAUUGUCAAAACGAUAACAUCUCUAACAUUUGAUAACUUUUUCCCGCCACUACGGCAUUCUCGCUUAAACUCGUUGUAGAAUGACGACGGCCAUCACGUUUUCCCGCCAAAUGACGCUGGCUCACUCGUGAGCACUACUCUGAGUCUUGAGAAAAUCUCGUACUUGUUGUCGUACUCGUCUUAUUAAAAACCAAAGGUCUCUAAUGUCAAAACUGGCGAUAUAAACACAACUUAGGCCUGCAAAUAAUCAUCUGGUAAGAUUUCCGUACAACCCCAUAAUUUAUUAUGCAUGCACUAAUUUCAUGCUAUUUCACACAAAUAGUUAGUAUGAAUAGAAUUGACCACUCUAGAAAAUACCAUAACAAACCAUAAUGGUCUUAGUUGGUCACCCCAAAAUUUUGCAUAAGCAUUGUCUUCAGUUUCUCUUGGGAGUUAAAAUGGCCCCAACAGAAACUUAAAACAAUGCUUAUGCAAAAUUUUGGGGUGACAAACAAAGAGCAUUAUGGUAUGUUAUGGUAUUUUCUGGAGUGGGCAAUAGAAACAUGUAUGCAUAAUAAUUGAUGGGCUGGUUGUACGGAAAUCUUAUCCACCGUUUCUACUCUACAUUAUAGAGCGUGGAGUUUUGUGUCUAAGUGCGCCAAAACUCCUAUCACAAAGAUGUGAAAGGCCAGUAAUUUCUUAUCACACCUCAAAAAUAUAUUUGCAAACACAUGUACAAAUUUGAUGUUUGUAUGAAAAAACUUUGUGCCAUGCACGUGCAAAUACCCUUUCAUACAAAUUCGUGAGUUGGGCACCUUAUAAUUCCGCUGUUGGUACUUUUGUUUCAGGGAAGCUUGUCCAAGUCGCUGAAAAGGAAGUCAAAGGUGCCGUGUAUUCGCUCGUGGAGUUUAAUGGCAAAGUUUUGGCUGGUAUAAAUAGUACGGUAAGCAAAAUGAUUUCACGAAAAAAUAAAAUAAAAAAAGUUCCAGAAACAAAGCAACAUGUCAGGCGAAGACGAAGACGGUUUGAUGUCUUAAGUCAGUCUUGUGGGAGUUGAACUCUUUUCUUAUGUUAACGCUUAUUUUCUUCCAAUAAAUUAGCAUAGAUGCUGGGGCAUGGGUACGUCAGCGUUAUCGCUUUAGGGGCCAUUCCUUGUACAUGCUUCUCUUUGUGUUUACCCAGGCCUUUGACGGACCUAACACCUUCACCGUUUCCAAUUUUUUCAUCCCAUAUGUAUAGACUGCUGCUAGUACCUUGGGACGGUGGGUUGAGCGAGUAAAUCGAGCGAGCGAUCGAAAAAAUGUAGAGCAGAGUGGAAACUGGGAAAAAAGCACCCUCACCGAAAAGUGUUGGACAGACGCCUUUUUUUCAGUUCCCCUCUCGACCCAUACACACUUGCGACGUAAGCAUGAAAGAUAGGCCUAAGGGCCACCAGCUUCAAAAAAAGUAAAUAGGGCGGCAAAAACAAGAACGAUUUGGGAUUCAGAGAUUUAAAGUCAACCCAAAAGAUAUUCCUGGAACAGUUAUAGUAAAUACACGUACGUUGGAAAGUGGACAGAGGAGAAACUAACCUUCGGCAAGGAUCCUUCGAAAAUACAUGAAACGUCAAGUCUUUCUCUUAUCAGAACGAUUAGUACAAAGCGCAGCAGCGCGGCAUUUGUGAGGACUAACUUUUUGUCAUAGUAGAAGGGUGCCGUUCGGCCACUUCAUACAAUUUAAUUGUGAUGUGGCCCUUGGGAGGACUCGCUUUCAGGCUUACGUCAAAGGUGUGUGUUGGCUUUCUUUAAUCCCUCCGAACGUCGAAACGACUGACUGAAAAGCUGGGGACUGCCCAUAGUCCGGUUCUUCCGGCGUAUCCAGACUGUACUAAGCACCAUUUACACUGGCAUCUUGUCUCCGGUUUACAAGUUCGUCCUUGACAAGUUUUCCUUGGUAGUGUAUUUAACAGAAUAUGCCAAUUUUUUCCCAUCAAGAGAAAAGUUAUUUGUAGCCAUAGCUGUGGCUUUUUGAAGUUCAACCUAGCUGCAGCUCUGUUCUUAUCUGUGUUGUCUCUACAGGUCAACAUUUAUGAGUGGACGACGGAUAAGGAGUUGCGAUUGGAAUGCCAAUUUUUGAAUAACAUCCUGGCCCUUUUUCUCAAGUCCAAAGGAGAUUUUAUUUUGGUAAGUGUUUCGUUUUUAUUGCUUUAGUCAAGAGAGAAUAAUCCCGUUAUCUUCUUGUGCUUUAUUUUAUGGUACUUAUGUAAUUUGACUUGAAAUGCAAUUAUGACUUGAAAUGUCCAGAUGGAAAUUCACGAAAAAUUCCUUUAAAAUACCCACUGAGCAUCGCUUGUGAAUGAAAACACACAUGAAAGGGUGAGCGUUCGGACUUGCCUUGAGAAAGAGGCUACGUCUGUUGAAGAAGACAAGAAAAAAAGGUUGUCGGUAGGGAAACUGUGGUUUUAGCGUCAGUAGGGGAGUGAAUCACAAAAAUUGUUUUAGCAAGCGAGUUGAUGAGUAUAUACUUGCCACCGUAAUGCAAUUCUGAAGUUGAGGUUUCCAACGGUAGUCUUUGUAAGGUGGACUGUGCACCUUCUCAACUUUGUUGUUAACCCAAACCAGGGAUGCCAACCCCUUAACUGUUCAAAUAUUGAGAAAUGGUAGACGACGUCAUAAUGCAUAGUCCAUGACGUCAUUUCGCCAAAAAACGCGCGAAAAAGAUGUUGUUGGAAUUGUAACAUUUGACCUGAUUGGUUUACUUGUCCCCAAUCACGUUAUAGCUUAUAUUUCAAUGGCAUACCGGAGUUUAUAAGGAAACGUUCAAUGUUCAUAAAAUAACUCAAACAACGCAAAAUAUUUGAAAUUUUAUUGUCAGAGAGUCGAGUCUACAAGAAAUGGCAAACUUUGGUGAUUAUUCGGGAGAUUUCUGGAGACCGGGAGAUUCUGUUCAAAAUCUGGACUCUCCCGAAUUAUCCGGGAGAGUUGACAGCGCUGCCAAACAUAGAAUUUGUGUACCGGGUUUUGACACGAAUUAAAUAGUGGCAACUAGGUUUUACAUUUUAUGAUAGGCCAUUUCCGAGUUGUCGGAAGCCUCUGUUUCAAAGCGAGGCUAAGUGCAAAUGAUAUGAAAAUGAUUCUAUCUCGCCAAAAGUGAACUGACAGCAUUUUGGUUUUGGUUUCAUUUAUAUGAUCGGUUGGUUUCCUGCAUCAUUCUGGUUUUGGUUUUGGUUUUGGUUAGGGUUAAGCUGUCAGUUUACUUUUGGCGAGAUUUCUCAUGCAAGUAAAAAAUCAUUUUCACAAGAAAGAUUUUUGCACUUAGCCUCGUUCUUGGAGCUCGGGAGUGGCCCAUUGAUUUUGAAGUUAAUCCGUAGUUCGGUUACUUGCUGUUUUUCAGGUUGGAGACUUGAUGAGGUCUAUGACUCUGUUAGCCUACAAGUCCAUGGAAGGGAGUUUGGAAGAGGUAUGGACUGAUAUGGGUGCUAUUUCUGUAUCUUUGAUCAGAGAAUGAUGGAUAUAAGUUGAAGGUUAAAUCCUUUUUCAGGUUAAACCAGAAUUUCCUGUCUCUCCUAUGAAUAAUAAGGGCCAGAAAACAAAGCAAAUUUUGAACAAAACUAGGUUGUUUACUUGGUUAACCUGAAAACAAAAUUGUAAAUAAGGACUCGCCUAUAGCUUUAUCGCUUCCAUGGCAACUGGAUCUCAAGGGUCUAAGUAUGGAACAAACUUGUUCUGUGAUUAAAAUCACGUUAUAUUCCUUCUUGUUGAUAGAUUGCCCACGACUACAGCCCAAACUGGAUGACGGCGGUUGAGAUCCUUGAUGAUGAUACGUUUUUAGGAGCCGAGAACUCGUUCAACUUGUUCACGUGUCAGAAGGAUAGCGGUGCUGCUGCGGAUGAUGAUAGAUCCUACCUUCAAGACGCUGGACAGUUCCACCUUGGAGAGUUUGUGAACGUCUUUAGACAUGGUGAGUGAACAGUGUGCGGUUAAUUCCAGCCAUUGAGAGACCAUAGUCCUUGUCCCACGCUGAUCAGCGACGGUAGGCCUUUUUCCCGCGCUGCUCAAGGACGGUAGGUCUUUUUCCCGCGCUACUUAGGGAGAGUAGGGCUUUUUUCCCGCGCUGCUCACAGAUCCUAUUUCGUCCUUUGAUUUUCCCAAGGGACGGGAGGCUUUUUUUCCGCGCAGCUUAGGAUGGUAAGCCUUUUUCCCCCGCUUAUCAGAGACGGUGGGGCUUUUUUCCCAGGCUGAUCAGGGAAGGUAGGCCUUUCCCGCGCUAAUCAGGGUUACGAUGGUACUUCUCACCUGCCGAUCAGGAGCGGUGGUACCUGCAGGCAGUCCAGGUGGAUGGUUUGAGGCCUGAUCUCUGUACAAACACAAAUACAAAUAAACCCUAAUCAAUUUCGAAUACAUUCUUGUAUUUCUUUGAAUACUGCGGUUCUCUUCCUCGAUGGUAUUUUCGUGUUUUUUUUCUCUCCGUCUCCUGUUUGAGAUUCAGAAAACCGUGAACACCUGGAAUAUUUCAGGGAUGUUGAUUAUUGUGUUUUCGCCAAUCGCAACAAAGAUCAGUAGGUACAAGCGAAGAACAAAAUCGCAAACCUUAUUAACGUAACUACUCAGAGCUUAGUUUUGUUUACCUGAUAAACUAAUUCCUUGCAACACAAUAACAUUCCAGGGCCCAGUUGUUGGAAGACCGAUUAGCACUUAACCUAGGGUUAAAUUUAAGCCGGGUUUGUUUUUCUUGUGUUCUAAAGCAUUUUCUCCGAUAAUUUUCUCUGUUAUUUAUAGAGCUUCCAAUCAUCAACUUGUAGGCAAAAGGAAUUAAAAGUGAAAGGCUUUUUAAGCUUUCAAAUCUGAAUUUAAAUCUCGCAGUAACCUAGGGUUUAACCUGAAAUCAGGCCCAAUUUUAGCGGUUCUCAUACAUUCUCUCUAACGGCUACCACGGAAUGUUAUUACAGAGCGAAACGAAAAUUGAGCCUGAUCUCAGGUUACCCAGGGUUAUUUUAAUCCAACUUUGAACAACUCGGCCCAGAAGUAUUUCAGGUGUUCACGGCUUUCUGAGAUCCCGUUUACACGAGUCCGGACAAAUUUUUUAUCGGAUGAAUUUUUUACCUGUGCAACCCGUUUACACGCAACCGUGCAAAUUCCGUGGGUCCCAAGUAAACGAAGGUGGAUCCGUGCAAGUUUUUGACCUUUCAAAAAUUUGUCUGGAUCCCUGUAAACGGGCUCUGAGUCCCAUAUCUGCGACGUAAUGCUUGGGGAAGCUGAGUAGUGAACUAAUGUGUCUUUCAGGCGGGGGGAGGGGGUAGGUGGAUCGUAUUCCUCCUCCCUUGUGAGGUUAGAUAUAACAUAAUCCUUCUUGUUUCGUUUUGUAGGCUCUCUCGUCAUGGAACAUCCCGGUGAAGCGUCCACGCCAUUUCAAGGCUGUGUUUUGUUUGGCACCGUCAACGGCACCAUAGGUUAGACACAAUCUGUUGUUCUCUCCAUUGAAGAAUUGGAGAGGGGAAGGGGAAACAUGAUUGGGGAGGAGCGUGGGAAUGCGCGGAGAGUAUAGAUAUCUAGACUGACAAAUAAUCUGCAUUUGCUGAAGUUUUAUUCUCCCUUUGGUGAAGUCAUCGAAUCUAGGAAGCUUAGCUUCUAGGUGGCGAUGUCUGGUUCACUACUGAUUCUUUCAUGGCAAGUCUAUGGGCCUGCUCACAUGGAGGUGGGGAACCCCAUUUAGGUGAGGUUAUAAUCUCUCAUUUUAAUGUGAUCACCUUUACAUGUUAGGCGGGGUGACCCGCCACCUGUUACCUCACCUACCCGGAGUUUGCAGAGUGGGAAAACAAAAUUUAAACAGAGACAAAAUUGAACUACAACACGUGGUUUUCAUUCAGUUGAUCUUAGUGUUCUUGUGUAAGAAAAUUCUUAAUUGAUUUGAUUUAACAGGAAUUGUAGCCCAGCUGCCUCAAGAACUGAGCACGUUUUUAACGCUCGUGCAAGUCAAACUCAGUAAAGUUAUCAAGAGUGUUGGAAAGAUAGACCACUCAUUAUAUCCUUUAACUAUUUGUCUUACUGUACUGUGUAACUCUGUCAAGUAAGACUGAUUUAGAAUGUCUCCUUUUAAUCACAUCCCGUCUUUUGGUCACUUGUGGUACAUCCUAGGUUAUGUUCAUACUAUUCCGAAUAGCUUUCCCUAGUGUGUAGUAUGAAUAGCAACGGUUCAGAACUGGAACAAGUCGCUCACACAUAUCGAACAAUUUGCCGUGAUGGUUUUGUGAACAGGGUUCAUACAGAGUCUUUAAUUCUUGAAAAAGUCUUGAAAUUUGCCUGGCAAUUUCCAGACUUGGAAAAAUUUCCUGCGUUUUUUUAAGGUCUCUAUUGAUCACCUUUUUGGCAACCUUGAGUCUCGAAAAAGAAAUUAUUGUAAUGGAAAAAAGUCUGGAAAACGUCUUGAAUUUUGGAUCCAAAAAUCUGUACGAACUCUGUGUGAACUAAAUCCCAGUCCUCACUCCGUCAUCUAUCCGAUAUGUGACGCUCCACUUUGAGAGAUCGGCGCGGCGCAGCUCCGCUCCGUUACAGAAAUCGCGCCGAAAUCACCCUUCUUAUGUGUGAACAGAAUUGCUAUACGGUAUGGUUUUUGUGCUGGCGCAAAUAAGCUAUCUGGUAAGUAUGAACACCUAUCCGAUAUGUGACGCUCUACUUUAGGGAUCGGCGCGGAGCAGCUCCGCUCCGUUACAGAAAUCGCGCCGAAAUCACCGUUCUUACGUGUGAAAAGAAUUCCUAGACGGUAUGGUUUUUGUGCUGGCGCAAAUAAGCUAUCUGGUAAGUAUGAACACCUAUCCGAUAUGUGACGCUCUACUUUAGGGAUCGGCGCGGAGCAGCUUCGCUCCGUUACAGAAAUCGCGCCGGAAUCACUGUUCUUAUGUGUGAACAGAAUCCCUAUACGGUAUGGUUUUUGUGCUGGCGCAAAAACUAUCCAGUAUAGUGUGAACAUAACCUUUGUCUUUGCAUUGAAAUGAAACUCUCUCAAUCGGUAAUUGUUUUAUUAUGAGUAGCCGCAUUCUUAAUACAGUGGAACCUCGAUAUAACAAAGAACUAAGAGACCGUUGGCAAAAAUUUGUUCGCUAUAACGAGGUUUCAUUAUAGCGAGGUUCUUUUUCAUAUGUUUUACUAUACUGGGGUAAAGAAAAUCGUUCGUUAUACCGAGAACUUCGUUAGAUCCAUUCGGGGUUCAUUGUAUCGAGGUUCCACUGUGACGAUUUUGGCGGCGCCUGUCACUUGGUGAUUGAGCUUAAGACUGCAAGGGUUUCCGUGCAGGGACCAGGGAGACGUUAACUGUAAUAAGAAUUACUGCGGAACUUAAUUAUGCCUUAACUUGUUUUUCUACCUGGCGCGCCUUUUCCAAUGAGAGAAAAACUGAGCCAACGAUCGGCUUUGUGGACGGAGAUUUGAUCGAAAGCUUUUUAGAUCUCCCUCGGUCAAAGAUGGAAGAGGUGGCCUCGGGACUACAGGUAAGUGUUAAGUUUUGUUUCGGUAAUUGUUUCAGACUACCCCAGGCUCCAGGUGGAAGGAAGAUAGCAGACUCAUGGUAUAAAAUUUAGCCUGGGAGUUUUUCCCUCUUAGAGCGGGGUCUGAUAUCCCGGAGGGCAGCGUUUUCUCUGGGACGCGCUACCACUAGUAUUUCUUGAGUUGUGCUUCUCGGGGAAGGGGCCCGGGCCUAGGGUCGGGAUCGAGACAGGCGGGAUCAUGGAUGUCCGUAAGGGCUUUGAAAACAAGAUACAACCCUUAUAAUAGUGCUUGACCGCUCAGCAAAUCGGGGCUUGCUGGCUGGUCAAAGAGAAUUUAAAGUCCCUGUCAGUAAAAAAAAAUGUUUUAUAGGAGUACUAACACGAUUACUGAUAAUCAUGUAAUUCAGUUACAUUAUUAUCCUGAAAUAAGGACGGACACAAAUAAUUCACAUAAACUUAGCAAGUAAGAAUGCCAAUUGGCCGGAUGCAAUCCAGUUUUAUUAACAAGCGUGAUUGAGGAGUUGAACUCGGGACUACCGAGAACAAAUUCAGCUAGCGGUCAGGGCAAGACUUGAACUUGCAAGUCCAGCGCUCUAACCGCUCGGCCACGCAGCGUCCACAAACUCUCUAAGCUGGUCUCGUAUCUGCCUGAAUAGAUUGAUGAUGGCAGUGGUAUGAAGAAAGAGUGCUCGGUCGAGGACCUGGUCAAAGUUAUUGAAGAACUGACGAGAAUCCAUUAAGAAAACGUUAUUCUGUGUUAAACUUCAACACCAGAGGCAUUUGAAAUCGGAUUACAUGCAAGUGAGCCUCAAAUCCGUUAACCUUUACAAUGUAAAUACGUGACUAAGCUUUGACGGGUAACGCCCACCCUAACUUUAAGUGUUAUUCUUAAUAUUUAAGGUAUACAUUUACUCGCGUCUUAAAGAACACGCAUUACUUGGAGGCAAUUUCGCGAUGUAUGUUACUUCAGGCUUAAGCGCGCCUUCAUGCAGUUCUUCUUUAACGCCGAACUGUAUAAAAGUAGAUUUACGCUUUCGCGUAAUUUUUAUGUGCGUAAAUAAAAUAGAGGCAAUGUAUGAAAAGGUCAGACCUAAGCGUAAAACUUGAAUCAAGGUGGAUUUCCACUGACAAGUAUUUUUCACGUGCGUAAGCACGUAUAUUUUACGCGCGUAUAUAAAAUAGAGGCAAAAUAUGAAGUGUCGCGCGUAAACGUAAAAUUUGAGCGAGGUUCAGUUUUUACGUUUACGCGCGAACGUACGUAAAAAUUACGCGACAAUGGAAAUCCACCCUCACGCUCAAAGCGUACAUCUACACGUGACCUUCUUUAUUUACGCGCGUAAAAUUUACGUGCGCACUCACGUAAAUAUAACGCAACAGUGGAAAUCCAGCUUUACACGCGGCCUUUCAUGCGUUGCGUUUGUUUUAGUUAAGCGCGUAAAAAUUGCGAGCGCACGUACUUAAAAAUUGCGCGACAGUGGAAAUGCUCUUUUACACGGCUGCAGCGUUUUGGGAUUUCCUUUCGCCCUUUGACGUGUGUCCUGGUCCACGCGCCCGGCUUGUUGUGAGAGCGCGUGGCUACCUGCAACGGUUUUUGUUUUUGGGUCCGCGUGUGCCGUCCACGCUUUAUAACUGAACUUACGCAACAGAACGGGAGAGGAAAGAAGACGGAAAACCUUGUGUGACAAGCG